UUGGCAGCAGCUACUUUGUCUCAUGGACUCCCCGAAGGAUGGGAAUCACACUGCUGUGACAGAGUUCAUCUUAUUGGGCUUAACAGAUGAUCCAGUCCUCCAAGUCAUCCUCUUCAUGAUCAUCCUAUGCAUCUACCUGGUGACCCUAUCUGGCAAUCUCAGCAUAAUCAUUCUUAUCAAAAUUUCUUUUCAGCUCCAGCAUCCUAUGUACUUUUUUCUGAGUCACUUGGCUUUUGCUGACAUGGGCUAUUCAUCUUCUGUCACACCCAACAUGCUUGUAAACUUCCUGGUGGAGAGAAAUACAAUCUCCUACCUUGGAUGUGCCAUCCAGCUUGGUUCAGCGGCUUUCUUUGCGACAGUCGAAUGCAUCCUUCUGGCUGCCAUGGCCUAUGACCGCUUUGUGGCAAUUUGCAGCCCACUGCUUUAUUCAAACAAAAUGUCCACACAAGUCUGUGUCCAGCUACUCUUAGUAGCUUUCAUAGCUGGUUUUUUCAUUGCUGUCUCUUACACUACUUCCUUCUAUUUUUUACUCUUCUGUGGACCAAAUCGAGUCAAUCAUUUUUUCUGUGAUUUCGCUCCGUUACUUGAACUCUCCUGUUCUGGUAUCAGUGUCUCCACAGUUGUUCUUUCAUUUUCUGCUGGCUCCAUCACUGUGGUCACUGUGUGUGUCAUAGCCGUCUCCUACAUCUACAUCCUCAUUACCAACCUGAAGAUGCGCUCCACAGACGGGCGCCAUAAGGCCUUCUCCACCUGCACCUCCCACCUCACUGUGGUCACUCUGUUUUAUGGGACCAUUACCUUCAUUUAUGUGAUGCCCAAGUCCAGCUACUCAACUGAUCAGAACAAGGUGGUGUCUGUGUUCAACACGGUGGUGAUUCCCAUGUUGAACCCCCUGAUCUACAGCCUCAGGAACAAGGAGAUUAAGGGGGCUCUGAAGAGAGAGCUUGGUAGAAAAAUAUUUUCUCAUGAUGCUUGUUAUUUUUGUAGAACUUCAAAUAAUGAUAUUACAUAGAACCUGUCUAUUCUCUUGAGAAUACUCAAUGUGUGUAGAUACAGAUUUAGUGUUUGCUUUCUUGACAGUGUUGAAAGUUUCAUAUAGAAGUGACUACAUCUUUUCUGCUCCCCAUGUACCUAAUUUUCACAUGGUUUCUGGAGCCUAAUAAGCACAACUGCAUAUUUAAA